AUGAAGCUUAAUUAUCUCGAGUUUGAUUGGUCAAGCUCUCGUGAUCGGGGCUUCAGGGUCCACCUUAGUCAGGCGCUCGUUGUCCACCUCCGUUUCCCAUCACCGCCGCUAAACGUCGAAAACCUCCGAGUAAACUUAACCACAACACAUUCUCUGGCCGUGUCCUUCGGCGCUUUGUGCUCGUAUACCCCAGGCUGCCACACCCUAUCGACUUGCCAGCGAAUCAUCCACCCGGCAGUCGUGGGAUCAGGACUCCAGCUACCCAGACUGCCGGGUCGUGAACAAAGAGGCCACACGAGCGGUUCCUUGUCCUUGUCCUUGUCCUCUUCGAAGCCGCAUCCUCAAGCCCAAGCUGAUGACCAUGUCUCGAAGCCCCCAACGUUUCUCGUUUCACGCCAGACGUUGCGUACCGUAUACGAUGAAAAGCCUGUUCGGAUGAUUGUCAAAGGAUUCGCACGCGACGCGCUCUCGACUUCUUUACUGAGUCUUUGUCGUUUGGACCUUACUGUUGAACGGCUGCCCACCAACCUCCCAUGCCAAGACCCUUAA